AGAUUAAAGCCUUGGAAACCUUAUAGGGCAGUUCUGGAGAGAUUUUUCACAGAGAUUACCGGGGAAGGGAAAAACAAACACACCCACAAGAAGUAAGAGGAAGAAGGCAGCUUUCCCGUAAGAACGCGGAGAGGUGCAGACCAGACCCAGGAGGAAACGCGGGCCGGCCGGCGGUUCGCGGUCCCGUCACGUGGCUCGCGCGCUGACCGCCGGGAGCGCCGCGCGCUGUCCGCAGGCCGCGGUUUUUUUUUUCGCACCCGCGCGUCUGGCUCCCUCGGUCACGCGCUUUCUCUGACGAAGAAGGUCUCGACGCCGGGUAGACUUAUACUUCCAUAAUAUGAUGUCAGGUCACCUUGUGAAACCUGAUACUAGAAAUUGCAAGAGACCAAGAGAGUUGGAGCCUCAAAUGCCAGAUAGUCCACAGCUGUCUUCUCUUGGAAAAUCAGAUUCAUCUUUCUCUGAAAGCUCUGGACUGUUUUAUAAAGAUGAAGCCCUGGAGAAAGAUUUGAAUGAUAUGAGCAAGGAUAUUAAUCUAAUGUUGUCUGCAUAUGCAAAGAUCUUAAGUGAGAGAGCAGCAGUAGAUGCAUCUUACAUUGAUGAGAUAGAUGGACUCUUCAAAGAAGCCAAUACUAUUGAAAACUUUCUAAUACAAAAGAGAGAGCUCCUUAGACAGAGGUUUAUGGAGAUUGCAAACACACUACACAGAUAAAGUUGUGUAUUUAAAAUAAGCUGAGAAUUUAAGCUAUGUAUCCCAUUAUUAUCAUAAUGAAAAAAUAAUAUUUAUGCUCUGAAAGCUCUCUAGUUUUAAAAGAAAAUGUAUACCUUAAACAUAGAAGGGGACACUCUUUUGAAUUUCUUUUCUAGAUUAAAGGAAUCUUUAAACUGUACAUUAAUAUGAAGUAUGUUGUUUUAUUUUGUGGGUUGAAUAUUUGACAGAUUUUAUAAAAGCAUAAAUUAAAGCAUAUGUGGAUUUCUUUUUUUUUUUCCUUAAACCUCCUAGCCUUUCUUAAACUUGUAAAAGGGACUCGAUGAGUUAAUUUGAUAAUGCUUAACAAUAAUGCACGUUUUCAUUUAUAAUAUUUUUUAAAGUAGCAGAUAGCUUUGGAGACAGUUUAAAAAAAUUUUUUAUGGUCAAUAUUAUUUAAAAAAUUAAAACUUUAAAGAUAAUUUGUCUAUUUUCUCAAUAUGUAAUGAAAGAUAACUGUGCUAUUGCUAUUUAAUAUCAUUUGUUUAUUUUCACUAGUUAUUAUAUAUGGCUAAUAAAAAUUUUGAGUUUAAAAUUAUAUUCUUGUGCUAAAAGCAGUAAAAUAAAAACCCAGAAAUUAUUAACCAGAACCUUGUAUGAAUUGACUGUUUUACAUAUUAACCGUAUCAAUGUGUGCAGUUAAUGGAUUAUAUUCAGAAGCCUUAGCAGAGUGUGGUAUGGGAUAAUGAUUAGUGGUCCAGAAGUAGAAAUUGGCUUAAACAACGAGACAACCUUGGCAAGUCACUUCAGUCCUAUUAUAAUUCAGAAAUUUAAUUUGGACUAGAGGAUCUCUAAUACCAAUCUAGCUAAAAAAGUUCUCCCUUUUGUGUAAGGUACUGCAAUAUGCUAUAUAACUACAUGGGAUAACUUUAUUAAAUCUGAUAAUUUUUAAAUCACAGGACCUAUUUUUCAAUCAUAUAAAUAAUUCAAUUUA